CCGGCUAUCUAUACACAUUUUUUUAUUUUUCAUAUUUAGCUCAAUCUGCCUCUUUAAAGACCCUGUUUGUUUUUUGGCGGAUUCAGAGCAAACCGCAGCAAAAUGUAACGUUUUCAUUCGGAGAAAACGACGGAUUGAAGCCAAUCCGCCAUUAACCAAAGGUAGCCUUUAUUGGAAUCUAUGGUUGCAAAAGUCUUUUAGACUUGCCCUGGUUGCAAAGCACAAAUAACAAGAAUCGGGCAGAGUGGACUCGAGUGAUAUUUACUUCGAAGGUCUUUCUCUUAUAGUUAUACCUAAUUGUUCCUGCUGUUACACAAACAAGAGAAAGAGACAACACAUGAAAAAAUGAAACUUUUUGACGCACAUUGUCAUCUCCAAGAUCCAAAGAUCCUUCACAUGCUUCCACAAAUAAUUAGGAGCGCCCUUGACAGAGGAGUGGUUCAUUUUGCAGUGAAUGGUGUGUCGGAGAAGGAUUGGCAAACCGUCAAGGAGAUGAGCAUAGACUACCCCAGUGUGGUUCCAAAUUUUGGGCUCCACCCUUGGUUCAUCACUGGUAGGAGUCCUAAUUGGCUAGGUACACUAAAGGAUCACUUAGAGGCGACACCCGAAGCUGCAGUUGGCGAGAUUGGUUUGGACAAAGGAUCAUUCGGUAAGAAAAUUGAUUUUUCCGAUCAGGUCGAAGUCUUCCGCCAGCAACUCCAUCUUGCAAAAGACUUCAAAAGACCUGUUUCCAUACAUUGUGUUCGUGCUUAUGGGGAUCUUCUCGAUAUCCUUAAAUCUGUGGGUCCCUUCCCUUGUGGAAUCGUUCUUCAUUCUUUCCUCGGUUCUGCCGAAAUGGUCCCUGAAUUUGCGAAGCUAGGUGCUUACUUCUCAUUCUCUGGGUUUUUGAUGUCAUUGAAAGAGAACAAGGCAAAGAAGAUGAUAAGAUCAGUUCCUAUGGAUAGGAUUUUGUUAGAGACCGAUGCACCCGAUGGGUUUCCCCAAACGGGCUAUCCAGAAGAUGCUUUGGUUUUAGUAGGAGAAGGCGAACAAAGGCUAAACCACCCGGGUAACAUUAAUGUCAUACUUGACUAUGUGGCGGCUUUACUUGAUAUGAGCAGUGAUCAACUUGCAGAAGCAAGCUUUUCAAAUGCACUAAAGCUGUUUUCAUUUGAAGGUUCAAAACUGAUGCUGUAAGGUUGUACUGAUUUAGUUAGUCUUCAAUUUGUAUACAAACUAUUUGUAACACUCUAGGUUCUGUGUGUUGAAUAAAAAUAUGCUAGUUUGAAAUGAUGAUAAUAUACAGUGUGGAUGACAUGAUCAGUGCAGAGAAUACAAGGAAAAUAAAUCAUGAUGUGUGGUGCUGUGACCAU